UUUUUUUCAGAUCUAUUUUCACUACUGAAUAGUAAUGAUAUAAAAUAUCAUGCUGUAAAUUUUUAAAAGUUAUAGGUAAUACUUCACUAUGGAUUCUACUCCAUCAAAGUCGAGUGGAACUCCUGGCCGAAAGGCCCAGUUAGAGGCAAUGUCUCAUGAAGACCUGGUACAACAUUGUCUAAAACAAACUGUGUUAUUACAAAAAUUAAAAGCAAGAUAUGAUGAAGUACAAAAAUCAACUGGAUCAUCAAAAGAGAAUGAGAAUAAGAUGAAAGAGUUGCAAAACAAACUUGAAAUUGAAUAUGAAGAGAAAUCUAAAAUUGAUGAAGACAUGAAAACAUUACAAAAAAAAUUUUCAGCAACGAAAGAUGAAUUAGAAUGCACCAACAUGAAACUGGAGACCCUAAUGUCAUCAGUACAAUGCUUACAACAGGAGAGAGAUGAACUGUUUACAAAAAACAAAGAUUAUUUACAUAAAUCUAAAGAUGAGCGACAAAUAGCUAUAACAACAAACGAAAAACAAGAAUUAGAAGACAGGAUAAAGGAUAGUGAUCAACAAAUUACUGGAUUAAAGAGUCACAUUAAAACUAUGACUGAAAAAUUACAAUCUUCGGAAAAUAUGAUGAAAGAAAACUCUAAUCUUAAAAAUGAAAUUGCUGCUUUGAAUAUAACUAUAAGCACCUUAAAACAAGGAAAAUCAUCUCAUAGUGGGGAUGGGAAUGUAGAUCUAAAAAAACUGAAAGUUGUGAUUUUAGAUUUAAGGAAAAAGUUGAAACUACAAAUGGAAGAAAACGAGAGCUUGAAAAAGACUGUUGGAUCAUUAGGAUCAAACGAAAGCGAAUUGAAAAUUAAAAUUGAUUCAUUGGAAAAACAAAUCGAAAUAGAUGGAAAUAUGAAAAACUCUAUUGAACAAAAUCUGGGACUUACAGUUCGAGAGGGAUUGAAAACCAAGAACGAAGAAAUACAAUUCAAUUUUGAAUCUGAAAAACAGAAAAAAGAGGAAUAUCAAACCAAAUUUGAAACUUUGGAAGAGGAUUCACUCAAGCAUAAGCAAGAGAUGAGUGAUUGCGAGAGUGAGAACAAAACUCUUAAAGACAAACUCAUGGAAUUAGAAAAAAAAUUGUCAUCAGCAUCCCAACACCAGGAAUCAGAGGAACAACUUUAUACCAGGAUUAAGGAAUUGGAAGAAAGUAACAAGAAAUUGAUACAGAAUACUGAACACGCUGAAAUCAAAUACAGAGAAACUUACAGUGCCCUUCAAACAGCUCAAGAUGAAUUGAAAGAAAAUAUGGCAGAACUGGAAAAUGAGAAAUUGAGACUCACUGAACAACUGAAAAAUGUAGAAAAUCAACUGGAAGAGGCCUUGGAAAGUGAAAAAAAAUUCAGUAUGGAACAGACUGAAAAUAUUGAAUCACUGAAGGAAACUAAUUCAAAACUUGCAUCACAGAUUGAAGAAGCAUCUGCGGAAAAAAAUGCUAAACAAAAGGAUUUGGAAGAUAAGAUAGAAAAUUUGAAUCAGGAAUUAGAAAAAACAAAGAACCAUUAUUUGGAAUCUUGUAAACAACUUGACACACAAAAAGCGGAAUUUGAAAAUCAAAUCCAAGAAUUAGAAAAGGAAAAUAAUCACAAACUAGAGGCAGCUGAAACAAAAUGUCAAAGCUACAAUACUGUUGAAGAAAGCUUGAAUAAUUUCAAGUUAGAAAAUGAAUCUUUGGCCAAAGAAAAUGCAGAGAUGUUGGCGAGUAUCGAAGAGAGUCAAAUCAAAAUUGAAAAUCUGGAAUCUUUAAUUGAAAACAUGAAAAACAAAAUACAAACCACUGAAGAGAAGUUGGAAACGAAAAAAGCCGAAUGUGAUGAAUUGUUUACCCGAUAUACAGAUUUGGAAAAAGAAAUCUCUACUCUGAAAGAAGAAAAGACUGAAAAAAUAGAACAAUUUGGGGCACUUGAGGCAAGUUUUGAAGAAUUAAAAGACAAAUUUUCUACCGUUGAAGAAGAAAAAAUAAAACAGGAAUUCACAAAAACAAUUACUUUCGGGAUUGAAAGCUUGAAAGCAGACUUGGAACAGAAAACUGUUGAUGUGAGUGAAAAGAGCCAGCGUAUUGAUUCUUUAAAUUCUGAAAUUACGAGUUUGAGUAACAUGAUUGAAACACUCAAGAACGAAUCAAGGAAAAUUCAAGAGGAUGUUUUACAAAGUACAUCGGAAAAUGAUAAUCAUCAUCUUACACAAAUUAAUAAGUUGAAGGAGGAAUUAUUAUCACUUCAAACACAGUUAAAUAAAUCACAAGAGUCUUAUCAAGAUUUAGAAACUGAAUAUGGAACUCUGAAAAAUGAAAAAGAAAACGUACAAACAGAGAUGAUGAAACUUGAAACUGAGUAUGACGCAAUCAAAAGUAAGUAUGAGGAAUCUCAAUCUUUGAGUCAAGAUAAUAAUGAUUCAAUCGAAAUAUUUCAACAGCAGAUAUCCUCUCUUCAGCAUGAAUUACAAGAAUCUCAAAGUUCUUCCUCAAAAUUAGUGAAAGAUAUUGAAACUCUGAUCCAGGAGAAAGAAAAACUGGAACAAGAUUGUUCUAAACUUCAACACGAAGUAGAUAAUGAAAAGGAAUCCGGUAAAAAUCUUGAAAUAUCAAACCAGGAAAAAGAAAAUGGAAUUGCUGAUUUAAAGAAAGAAAUGAAUGAACUAGUAGCAUUGAAAGAAAAAGAAAUAAAAGAACUUCAAGAUGAAUUUGACGUUAAAACUAAAGGAGUCUAUGAAAAAUGGAAUUCGCUUAGGAUAUCUAAUGAUAGUUUAGAAAAACAAUUGCAAGAUAUGAACAAUAGAUACGAAGAGCUGCAAGCAACAUUGGAAAACACUUCCUCCAAUGAAGAGACAAGAAUAAAUUUAUUGAUGAAAGAAAAUCAGGGAUUUAAGAAUGAGAAAAAAUUAUUGAAUAAGGAGAAUGAAGAUUUGAAAACACAAUGCGAAAACUUGGAAACGUCGUUAGAAAACUUCGAGAAAUUGAAAGUUGAAAUGCAGGAAUCAAUGUCCGAAUUAACAAACGAAAAUAAGCAGUUUGAAAAUACUCGUACGAAUUUGGAGUAUCAAAUUAACACUCAGAUUGAAGAAAUUGGAAGUUUGAAAAAUGUGAACUCCGAUUUAGAAACAAAAUUACAAUCUUCAAAUGAGAAAAACUUGACUUUGCAGACUGAUAAAGAUUCCCUUACCGAUGAGUUAAAAUCCAUCAAAGCUGAAAUUUUUGAAAAAGAUGAAAGCAUUCGUAAAUAUAUUGACAUUGAAUCAGAAAUGAGUAAAGAAUUAGAAGAAAUAAAAGCACGAUUUGCUGAAUUAGAUGAAAAGUAUCAAAAUUUAUGUGCUUCUGUUGAGGAAACUCAAGAAAAUGAUUCUGCCGAAGUGGAUCAACUAAAAACAACAUUAACCGAAUCCAAUAAAGAAAAAACUGAGUUGAAAAAUGAAGUUGUUGCUUUAGAAAAUGAAAUUAGCAACUUAAAGGAAGUAUUGGAACAAACCGACAGCUUGAAAAUAGCAAUUGAAGAAAUGAAAACAGAAAAAUCUACUUUGGAGAGUGUUUUAAAACAGUCACAAAAUGAGGUACAAGGAUUGAAAGAAAAUAUUUUCUCUGCUGAAAAAGAUCUUGAAGAAGAAAGAAAAAUAACAGAAGAGAGAGACGAGGAGUUAUCAUCUAUCAAACAGGAACUAGAAAAGGCAAAGAAAGAGUGUAAUGAAGCUAAGAAAAAUGUUGAGGCAUUAGAAGAAAAAUGCACAACAUUGGAGAAUGAUAUUGAGCAACUAACAACAGAAUUAAAUCUGAUGAAAACAAGAGUUGAAUCUGAUCAGAAACAACGAUCCGAAAAUUCGUCUUCUGAAGAUACAAAGAAUUUUGAAAAAGCAUUGAAGGAAAAGGAUGAAUACAGUAAUAAGUUAAAAAUGAUUGCUGUCAAAGCCAAGAAGGAACUUGAGAUAACAAAGAAGAAAUUGAAGAUAUCUGAUGAUGAAAAUACUGCACUUAAUACCAAAGUACAAAGCUUAACAUCAAAACUUCAAGGAAGUCAAACACAAGCAUCUAACGUACAAAUGAUGCAAAUAGAAUGUGAUAAAUUACAAGAUCAACUCGAUCAUACUCAAGAUGAGAAGAAAAAUAUUGAGAAGAAUUUAGAGGAUGUUGUAAUGCAAUUGAAAGAUGUUCAAGCACAGAAAAAUGAUAUUGAGGCUGAAUCGAGUCAAUUGAAAGUAAAGUGCGAACAACUGACGACAGAAAAAUCAGACGUUACGAAAUUACUGACAAUGACGAAGGCUACCAUGGAAAUGCUGGAAAGUGAAAGAAACAGACAAAUGAAUGAUAUUGAGAAUAUGAAAAAGAAUGAGGAAACCUUGAAAGAAAAAAUCUCAUCUUUGGAGGAACAAUUAGCAAAGGAAAAAAGUUCAUUGGAAAACACAAAACAGCAUUUGUCAGAAGCGAAAAAGGGCAUUAAACAAAAUGAUAUGUUGGCACUGGAAAUGGCUCAAUAUGAGAGAACCAUAUCAGAAUUACAGGGAAAAAUAAAGGAAUUAGAUGAAGCAUUGAAAACGGAAAAAGAUAAUUCUGAAUCUUUGAAUGAUAGAUUAACCAAGAUACAUGGAGAUGGAAUGGUUGCAGAACAGUUACGCUUGGAAGCAGAAGAUCGAGCAAAUCAACUCAGCAAACAAUUCACGUCCUGUAAAGAAGAGAUAGAAUCAAUGGAAGUGGAAAUGAAUGAAUUAAGGAAUAGAUUACAAGAAUCUACAACUCAAAUGCAAGAAGCACAACAAGAAACUGAACAAUAUAAGCUCCAAUUGUCGACAAGCAGUUCAGAUACUCGGGUAUUACAAGAAAAAAUUGUUACCAUGGAAUCCGCUCACAGUAGAUCCGUUGAUAUCAUGCAAAGGAAAAUUGAUUCUUUACAGACUGACUGCACUCAAUUGAAGAAUGAUAAAGACAGUUUACAGACUGAAUAUGAAGGUUAUAAGGUUCGUGUUCAUACAGUCUUGAAACAACAGAAAAACAAAGAACAUGAACAAGAGAAGAAAUCUGAGGAUGAACAAAAGAUCAUUCAGUUAAGAACUCUUAAUGAAGAAUUGAAAUUAAAACUUCACGAAUCUCAGAAUAAAUAUCAACUUCAUGAAAACGAACUUCAGUUGGUUAGUUCUGAUUAUGAAAGAUUAUUGAAACAACAUGAACUGGAUAAAAAAAAAGCAACAGAACGUGAAACAAGAUGGAAGGGAAGGGUGCAAGACCUUCAACUUGAAUUAUCAACAUUACAAAGACAGCACACAGACAUUACCAUGCAGACUAAUCAGAGGAACGCCGAUCUUUCCAUAAAUCAUAAACAAGAAAUGGAAGAAUUAAAAGAAUCUCAUAAUAAAACUGUGGAAGGUUUCAAGAAAAAACUCAACGAUACUGAAAAUGAGUUAUUCCGUAUUCAAGCUGAAAGAACAGCGAAUUUUGAGGCUACAAAUAGAGUGACCUCUACACCUCAGAAAAGCUCCAAACCACCAUCACCAAUACCAAGCUCAGUAUCAAGAAUGUCAUCUGCUGAUCAUUCACAUCCUACUCACCACAGGCAUCAUUCCCAUCACCAAAUGAUGGAUUUCAGAUCAGUGACAAGAGAAGAUGGUGAAGGAGAAGAAAACCCAGAUCAAGCACAGACUUUUGAACAGAUUUUGGAAUCUUCUGAAAUUAAAGCAGUGUCUGUUGUGUCUGAUUCUACAAUGACUAGUGAAGCUCGACAACGAAACAUUGAAUCAAAGUAUGAAGCUCAAUCAAGAAAAUUGGAUCAUUUAUCUGAAGUUGUUAGAGAAAAUGAAGCCACUGUUGCCAGAUUAACAGAACAAAACAGAGUGUUGAAAGAAGAAAUAAGAAGACUUGAGAAAAACCAGGAAAGAGAGACAUCUGUAGCGAACAUGGAAUAUUUAAAGAACGUUUUGUAUAAGUUCGUUACACUGCCACCAGGGGAUGAAAAAAAACAUUUACUGCCAGUCAUAGAUACGAUGCUCAAGUUUGAUCCAAAAGAACGAGCAACGUUACAUGAAAUGGCAACUGAUGAUGCCGGAGCUGAAGGGCAGAAAGGAUGGUCUGGAUAUUUUCAAAGAUGGUCUGGUUUACAGUAACACUAGCCCGUAGUACAUGAAGCUGUAGUUUCAAUUUAGCUUAUUUUCACAUUUUUGUAACAGGGUGCUUAAUCAUAUUCUGCUACAUAUAUAUAUUCAGUGUAUGUAGUAAUAUUAUUUAUUUCCCAUACGUGUGUGUUUAAUGAAUGUAUUAUGUUUUUUGUGACCGAUUUUGCCUUGACCAAGUGCCUUUAUUUCUUUAGUUAAAUAUUGUUAUCUCAGUUUCAAAUGCACCGACAAUACUGUGAGACUAGAUGAUUAGGCACGAAGUGUACAUAUAAUUCAUUUUGCUAGAUUUAUGCUUUUGGGAAAACUUUCCCAUCUCGCAACUUAUGGGACCAAUUAAUUUUCAAUUUUCAGUUCUCAAAGUUGGAAGAAGUCGCUAGAAAGCUAUUACUUUUAUGCCUAAUCUCCUCUAUAUGACCCUAUGUUUCAGCCAAGAUUUUGCUGGUUUCUUUUUUAUUUUUAGGUACACUUGUAUGACAUUUAGCCCUGGUGUGCAUAUAUUUCAGAAUGAUCUGUU